AUGGUGUCGCAGCAUGAGAUUGAUGCCAACAGCGUGGGCGUGGGCUUGUCGCUGACGGCCACCGUGGCUGUGAUCGUGGCCGACGUCCUCUUGCUUGGCUUUGGCAAGGCACGACACGAAUCCAAUGGCUUUUUGAUGCGAAUUCUGUACAUCACCUACUUCAUCCUGCUGGCUGCCAUGUUGCGCUGGGAUGGGGCCUUGAACCAGCUCUGCUACCCGAGCGGCGAAUGUGUCUUGGCCUUUAACUAUCACCCUCUUCUCUUGAGCGUGGCCUGGCUCUUUUGCAUUGCCGAGAGCCUGAGUGCCUACAAGACCGCCCCUUUGGUUUUUGCACCCCGUGAUCUCCGCAAGCGCUAUCAUGCCUUUAUGAACCUGAUUGCCUUGGCCCUGGGCUGGGUGGGCGCUGCAGUGGCCUUUAAGAAUCAUGCUGCGGGCAAGAAGCCGCACCUGGCUUCGAUCCACUCCUGGCUGGGCCUUGCGACUUUGAUGCUGCUGACUUUCCAGUUUAUCUAUGGUGCCUUUGUGUACUUCAUGUCGAGCAAUGUCAAUCUGAAGCGCAGCUUCCUCCUGACUCACAAGUACUUGGGCGCCGCCGCCUACGUUUCGGCAUGCGGGGUCAUCUCGCUGGGCAUCUCCACCUACAUUCUCAAUCACAGCGUCUACGCGGAAAAUUACACGCAUCGCCGUCGCACGGCAUUGGCGGCCGUGGUGGUGGUUUGGGCACAGGCCUUCCAUGUCAUUGCUGGGCUCGUGUCCAGCACCAUUGUUGUCGAGGUGCCGAAACUAGACACAAAUGCCGAGGAAGAGGAGGCCCGCCUGAUCAAUGCAACCGAACACCCGGAAAGCCUGUCCGAGUAA